GAGAAAUCUCAGCUGGGGUCAGUGGUUGUUGAUCUACAGACAGAGAGUUAAAGAAGGAACAGUUAGCGCAGCACAGACGGGACUUUAUUCUCAGGUGAAGACGAUUCUCACCUGUUUGGACAGGAAUGGAAACUGUUGCCUGUCCAAUGGGUGGAGGAGCCACCAGGCUGUACAGAACUUUGACUCAGCCCAUAAUUAGCAGCAGCAGUUCGCCCCUCCCACUCCCUCCAGCCCACCUGGACCUGAACCAGACACGGAACAUAACCCUGGAUCCAGAUCUCUGCCAGAGGGGGGGCACUGGAUGUCCCCCUGAUCCAGUGGAGCUGCUUCAACAGUGUAAGGAAGCCCUCAGAGACAGACCCCCUCCAUUCCACAGGAAGUUCAUUAACAUAAAUGACGAAGAUGGUGCCCCCAACAGUUCAAUUAGGGUGAUGCAGUGGAAUAUUCUGGCACAAGCUCUGGGUGAGGGAGUGGACAGUUUUGUCCAGUGUCCCCUAGAGGCCCUCAGCUGGUCUCGUAGAAAGUACCUCAUCUUGGAGGAGAUCCUGACCUACAGACCUCAUAUCCUGUGCCUUCAGGAAGUGGACCACUACUAUGAUACCUUCCAGCCUGUGCUCUCGGGUCUGGGUUAUGGCAGCAACUUCUGUCCCAAACCCUGGUCUCCAUGCUUAGAUGUGGAGGGUAACAAUGGUCCAGACGGCUGCGCACUCUUCUUUGAUGAAUCAAGUUUUGAGCUGCUGGACAGCGUCAACAUCAGGCUGUGUGCUAUUAGGAUUCCAACCAAUCAGGUCGCUGUGGUGACCGUGCUUCGUUGUCGGACUACAUCCAGAUGUGUGUGCGUGGCUGCAACCCACCUCAAGGCGCGCUCCGGCUGGGAGUGGCUCCGUAGCGCUCAGGGUUCUGACCUCCUGCGACAUCUCCAGAACCUGCUCCAGAAACACAGCAGCGGUACCACGGCGGAGCCCAGCUCUGACGUCCCUCUGCUAAUAUGUGGUGACUUCAAUGCAGUCCCAGCUGAAGACGUUUACAGACGCUUUAUCAGCUCCCCUCUAGGACUGGACUCAGCCUACAAAAAACUGAGCAAAGACGGUUUGACGGAACCAGAGUACACCACCUGGAAGAUACGACCCACAGGGGAAUGUUGCACCACCCUGGACUACAUCUGGUACACUCAGGACUCUCUGAAGGUGGAUUCUGUGUUGGACAUGCCCACUGAGGAGCAGAUUGGACCAAACAGGCUUCCAUCCUUUAGCUAUCCAUCUGACCACCUCUCACUGGUUUGUGACUUUAGCUUCAAGGAGGAAGAAAGAUCUAGGUCAUUUGGAGUGAAGCAACAACAGUGAAAAAAAAGAGGCAUAGAACCCAGAGUGGGAAGUGAAGUCCACUGGGACUGUGUAUAAGAAAUGGACCAUUAGUAGCCAUGUGAUCAGUGUAACCUGUUUCAGGUUUCGUCUUACACACAGAUGUCCAGACAGGUCAUUAGUCAUUCAGUCCUUAAAUCCCACUCAGCAUUUACUACAACGACGGUUCGACUUGAGUUCUAUUCCAGUUACUUCACACCUGUUGGGUCAGACAACAGCUGCAAACAGUCUGUUAUGGGACAUCAACCAGUCUACCAUUUUCUUUGUCUGUCUAACAGAUGUAAAAGUAGUAAUGACACCAUGAAGUACUGAUGAAAAUGUAUUUGUCAAACUGAUUAAAAACUGUUUCAAUGAAA